AUGCAGUCGACCUCGACAACGGCAAAUCCUGUUGUGAAACCUAAAUUUCAUUGGAUAUUUCCUGCUGAAAAAUUCAAUGAUACUCCAAGUAGACGAGAUAAUAUGAGCAGUGAUGAAGAAUUAAAUCAUCGACAACAAGCAGCAGUAUUUAUUUAUGAAUUAGGAACAAAUUUGAAAGUGCCACAUUAUUGUAUUAAUACAGCAGUUGUUUAUAUGCAUCGAUUUUAUAUGGUGCAUUCAUUUAAACAAUUUACAAAACAGAAAGAUAAUGUUCAACACGAAUUAGACAUUCGGGAAGGGAUCGCGAGACAUACCGUUAGUGCUGCUUGUUUAUUCCUUGCUUGUAAAGUUGAAGAAUUUCCGCGUACAUUACGUGAUUUAAUUGAAAAUACUGGAAAAGUGUUAAGAAAGAAGAAAGCAGAAGAAAUGACACAAGAAAUGAUCGCACAGUACACAGAUGAUAUUGUUAAUCAUGAAAAUGUUCUCUUAUCAACGUUAGGUUUUUCUCUCAUGGUUGAUCAACCACAUCCAAUUAUUAUCAAAACAAUACAAACAUUAUCUAGUCAAAUUCAAUCAUUACCAGAAAAAACUCCACGAGAACUAGCUCAAACAGCUUAUUAUUUAGCUACAAAAAGUAUAUUACUGACAUCAUUUUGUGUCAAAUAUCCGCCAGAUUUAAUCGCGUGUUUUUGUAUUCAUCUUGCUGCUGCAUGGGUAACAAUACAGAUUCCGUCUAGUUCAGAAAAUAAACAAUGGUUUCAAUUAGUUAAUGAAUUAUUUACGGAAAAACAACUGAGUGAUUUAUCUGAGGAAUUUUUACAUAUCUACGAAAAAUGUCCAGAAAAAAUAAAGAAAAAACUUGUCUAUCAGAAUGAAAGGCAACCACAGUCAGGUAGUACGUCAUCGGGUGGUCAAUCAACGUCUGGUCACAAUCGUUUAAUGAUGUUUCCACCUCCUCAAGGACCAGGAAGGCCAAUGGAUAUGGCAGACAGUGUUGUUCCACAACGUCCAUUAAGUGCACAAACGUAUAAGGAACAUCGAAAUAAUAUCAAAGCAUCAACAGCACUUCCCUCUCAAACACAAGUGCAAAUACCAUCCUCUACUCAACCGGUAGCGUUAAAACAGGAAACAGUGAAGCAAGAGCAUCCAUCCGCCCCAUCAAAUCAACAACGACCCCCGUUCCAACAAACUCUAGUCAAAAGAGAAUCAUUACCAACCCAGCAACAAAAUACUCAUAAUUCUAGUCGUCCACCAGCUCCCACGUUUUCAUCAUCAUCACAACAUUCAGCUACAAUGCCCUCUGUGAAACAAGAACAAGUCAACGAUCGUCGUUCAUCACAGGCAUCAUUGAUACCGCCCGAUCAACGAAAUCGACCCUCUCAGCCUCAACCAUCAUCUCGAGGUUUACCGCCACAUAUUCAACAGCAAACAAGACCAUAUCCACAACAAUCAACAGUCACUCCAAAUUUUCAACACCCACGUCAACUUGCACCCACUCAUCCAUAUAACUACCCACAACAACAGCAACAACCACAACAACAACAGGGAUAUCCACCACCUGCUGCAUCAAAUCGGCAUGAGUUACAGCAAUAUCAGCACAGACAAGAUCCAAAUAGGACAAUGGCGCAACCGCAACAACAACGAACAUCCUCGCGUCCUACACAACCUCCACCAUCAUCGAUGGGCCAAGGAGGUGAUCGUAAAUCAACCAUGAACGCACGUCCAACUUCUCAACAAAAUUUUGAUCAUUCACGGCAAGAACAAGGUUUAUCAUCGUCAGGACCGUUUGCAUCAUCAUCAUCUCGUCAGCCGUACACAGGUAUAUCUCAUCAUCCGCAGCCAUCUCAAACUAUGGGGGUUCAUCCAAGUGGUAUGACCGUUCAUCUAACUAAUAGCAGUACACAUUCAACGAUGCCACCUUCUGUUCAACGUAAUCCAUAUCCUCAACCAACAAAACGUCCAUAUGAAAAUCCAUCAUCUUCAUCAUUUGAUCAUAAUAAUGCUGCUAAACGUUCAAGGCCAGCAACAAAUGUGCCACCAAACUUGCACCACUAA